CAGAUCUUCUAAAGAGGACCGAGUUUAUCAAAAGCGAUGGGACAAAAAACUUACCGCAAACACUUCAUACCUCUGGAAUCUAACCCUGAUAUCUUCACAGAGCUAGUCCAUAGCUUGGGUGUGUCAGAGUCUUUGGGCUUUCAAGACGUGCUUUCACUCGAUGACCCUGACCUGCUGGCUUUCAUACCUCGCCCCGUCUUCGCGUUGAUACUAGUGUUCCCAUGUGCAGAUGAUUAUGAUCAGCGAGUCGAUGAGGAGAAUGCAAACUCUCCACCGUAUGACGGCUCCGGACCGAACGAAGAGGUAGUAUUCUGGAAACAAACGAUACACAACGCGUGCGGUCUAUAUGCAUUGCUGCAUGCUGUGAGUAACGGCGAUGCUAAAGAUCAUAUCAAUAGCGGAUCAAUAUUGAGCAACCUGCUUGAUGCUGGUAUCCCCUUAAAGCCUUUUGAGAGGGCAAUGGUCCUCGAAGACAGCAAGCAGCUCGCAUCGGCAUACGAAUCAGUCGCACGAAAAGGUGACUCUAUUGCACCUGAGAACCCGGAAGAUGAGGUGAACUUCCACUACAUUUGCUUUGUAAAGUCAUCAAAGACCGGCAACCUCUUCCAAAUGAACGGCGAUUUGAAUGGACCAAUCGACCUAGGACCAAUGAAGGCAGAAGACGAUGUUCUGUCCGAAAAAUGUCUCCAGGUCAUCCACAACAUGGUCAAGGACAAUGAUUCAAACAUUGGUUUCAGUUUAAUGGCUCUCACAUCUUCGUGAUGCCCGGGAAAACGAUUUAACGCUAUUCUAGGGGGGCUCAGAUGGCAUGCAUAGAGCUCAAAAGAAGUACGUAUGUAGGUGCGCUUGGAGUCACACUCUUCGUAGAAAGUCUCUGAAGAGCGAUGAAGUGUGAACUAUGAAGGACCUUUGAUUGUUCUUGCAACGGAAAAAGCACAUAGAAUUCUGCAGCCGCACCGUCGCAUCGACGCAAGACGCGAGGAUACGGGAUGCUCCCGAAGGACUUGUCGGAUUGUCUGAAGACCAAGUGGCUGGUGUGCGGGUUGCGAAACUACAGCUUAGAAUUGAUGAGAUGUAUUG